AUGGAGACAUCAAGGGGUUGCGAAAUGUCUUUCCACUGGUUGACGUCAAGGGGUUUGGACGCUCAUAUACAUUCUGAUGAUGCUGGCUACGCAUCGAUACCAGAAGAGUCCGUUCCGCUGGAGUUUCGAGACGUGGCUGUCUUGUCCGAUAUUACAAUGCUUGAUAGCUGGUAUUCAGCUAUUUUCGAGCACUCGCCGUUCCGGCAGAUGAUGCAACCUUUGCAGCUUUUCUCCCGACUGUAUCCUGAAUUUGACCAUUAUUGGCAGCUGGAGAUGGAUUCAAGACAAGAACGGCGAAUACCUUCGGAGACCACACUGCCUUCAUUCGUUCUCUGGCAUGGUCUCAAGCUCUUCGGUCUCCCUCUGCCAAUCUUCCAGGAUCCCGAGAGGAACAGAGUUGAGCUGAAUUUUGUACUCAAUGGUCGAGACAUGGAACAAUUUCCGGACGGCUUUGCGAAUGGACCUGUGAAUACAAGGGAAGCACCAUUUGGCUUCUUCGUGCGCGGAAAGAGCUUCGAUUGGGUGAGUCCGAUGCCGGAUCGAACCAUGGCAUCUUGGAAAGGUGAGGAGCCACCGGACGACAACAUGCCAAAAGUGCUUGUCGAAAGAGAUGGCAAGAUCUAUGCACCAGCGAUGUUCAUGCAUCCGAGGAAAACCAACUUCUACAGGUCUAACUAG